AUGCUGCGCCGCAAGCCUUCCAACGCCGGCGACAAGGAGCCGGGACACAGGAAGCUUUCCCUACAGCGUUCCAGCAGCUUCAAAGAUUUCAACAAGUGCAAGGUCAGCUCCCCUGUGUCAAAUGAGGAGUUCAACCUGGAGGAGAAUAUCCCCGAGGAUGAUGCCAGCAGUGCCAGCGCUGAGGAGGGCGCGCGGAGCGGCGGCACCAAGCUGGGCAGGAAGUGGCGGGCGGUCAUCUCCCGCACCAUGAACCGCAAGAUGGGCAGGAUGGCCGUGAGAGCGCUGGCCGAGGGCAAGCAGGGAGAGGCAGAGGCAGAGAGGCCGUGCCCGCUGUCCCCAGCCAGCAGCGUGGAAGAGCAGAGCUGUGACAAGGUGCCCCUGUCAUACCUGGAGCUGGAGGAGGAGGAGGAUGGACGCCCAGCCCUCGGACGCCAGAUGUCCAGCGGCAGCGACAUUCCCAGCCCUGGCGAUCCCAGGGACAGCCAGCAGCUGGAGGAGACCGUCCCAGCCUACACCGGCCCCUUCUGCGGCCGGGCCCGCGUCCACACCGACUUCACCCCCAGCCCCUAUGACAAGGACUCCCUGAAGCUGCGGAAAGGGGACAUCAUCAGCAUCAUCGAGAAGCCACCUGUGGGCACCUGGACCGGGCUGCUCCACAACAGGGUGGGCUCCUUCAAGUUCAUCUACGUGGAUGUGAUCCCUGAGGAGACGGUCCCUGCCCGCAGGAGCCGCAGCUCCGGCCGGAACAAGCGCCUCAAGCCCAAGACCCUCCAUGAGCUGCUGGAGCGCAUCAACCUGCAGGAACACACCCCCACCCUCCUGCUGAAUGGGUACCAGACCCUGGAGGACUUCAAGGAGCUGCGGGAGACGCACCUGAACGAGCUGCACAUCACGGACCCCCAGCACCGCGCCAAGCUGCUGACGGCUGCCGAGCUCCUCCUGGACUACGACACAGCCAGUGAGCCAGAGGAUGGUGACAGCACUGAGGCCCUGCCAUCACCCUCAGAGCCCAAAGGGGACAUUCCCCGGGACUCCGGCUGCUUCGAGGGAUCAGAGACCCUGGAUGGCAGCCGGGAGGAGGCCGAGCUGGGGGGUCCUGAGGAGCAGCUGGCGGGUCCUGAGGAGCAGCUGGGGGGUCUCUCCAUGGCAGAAUCCCCCUGA